UAACUACCAUUCAAAAGUGUUACCAUAGCAACUAUGGUUUUCGGGUGACAGGGAAUUGGUUUUUGUUGUGCUCUGCUCGCGACGUCAAAUUUUCGCUCUGACGAUCAUUCUCUACUAAGUGCGCACACGCUCUGGAUGAGAAAGUGAUAUCUCUCAUUUCUACUGAAUUACUUUGAUCUGUUGCUUGUCAUCGAGCCAAACGAAUCAUGUAUUCGCUGAAAUGUUUUGCUGUUUUGGCCAUCACUUACGUCAUCACAGUGUUAGGAUCUCACAUCUGCCCGUCUGAACCCGCUGUCAAAUGUUCCUGCCCACCUCAGUGGCAAUUGUGGCAGAACGGGUGUCAUCGCCUCACUCCUUCAUGGCAUUCUUGGGAUGACGCCAAGGAAGCUUGUCAAGACAUGGGAGGCAAGAUGGCCGCUCCUCGCUCGCUCGAGGAAUUGAAGUUCAUAGCGGAAAUGGCCCGAAAGGUGGACAGUCAAUACAGGGCCUGGAUUGCUUGCAAUGACAAAGAGGUUGAAGGAACUUGGGAGUGUGACGGUCAGGAAGGAGGCGAGCCCUUCCUGGUAUGGAAUGGUGGGGAACCAGAUAAUUGGAUGGAUCAAGAUUGUGCUCAAAUAACCGCACAGUAUGACAGAAUGGAUGAUGCGGGCUGUUAUGUAGAGAAAUUGGCUUUUUGUGUUCGCAAGGCUGAUUGCACUCAUCUCCCAAUCCAACCCCGUCAAUACUGCCUCUCUACCGACACCCACGGCCGCAUUCUCAACUCGACCUGCCUCCUCGACCACAGCAUCCGGGAGUUUAUCACCCAGGGCGUGGCCGCCUGUGGCUCGGCCUGCGCCAAGGAGCCCGGAUGUCGCUCCUUCAACAUCAAGAAAACCGAAGACGGGAAGAAAAUAUGCCAGCUGAACAACAGCACAAGCUCCGAAGAUAAUGACAAGUUUCAGACGACCUAUUACUUCUGUAUGUACUCAGAAGUUUGUUUUGGCUAA